AGUCAUUGCAGUGCAGAAAGAUGUAUUUUGUUUCAAGUAAAAGUCAUGUAAGCAAAGUCAAUCUUGUCCAGCUCUGACCAGUCUCUCAUGGAGGAUUUUGUUCUUCUCCCUUCUGGUUGGAGGUACAAGAUAUACGCCAAGUGCUAAGAACAACAGAUGCAGAUUUUUUGCAUGUUCAUUGUGUAUUAAUGUACUCAAUCUUCUUUAAACCAUGACUGCAUUUCCCAGCAGCAUAAGAACUUUAUUUAUAAAUACCAUUCCAGUGUCAUUUUUAACAGUUACCUGUUUGUAGUCCAUCAGGUUGUGUUUCACUGUCCUAUGUCUUUUUUUUUGUUGUGUUUUCGUCCACUCCUGUAAAUUAAAUUUCCCUAGGGACAAUAAAAGUCUGAACUUUAAUAUAAUUAUUGUUAUAUUUAUUUUCCAUGGCUGUAUAAAUGAAUUAACCUCCAAAAGGUUUAUGAAAUAAACAGUGCAUAAAUUCACAAUAGUCUGAAGUUUAGUUUCCACUCCUUCUGUUGGGUCUAGUUUUGUCCUUGGAGGAUCAAAUAACAUGUGUUGAGGAGGAUUUUAGUAAAAGCAGUAAGCUCUCACUCUGUCUCUGUUUUCAAAUACCAAGAGGGGGAACAAAAGCCCCUUUUUUGGAACAAAUGGCCCCAGAGCUUAAAGCUUCAGGGACUUCUCUUCAAGGAACUAAAAGGUUCUUGUGGCCCAUAGUAGAGUACGCUCUCUGUGGUUUUUGUGACGUCUAAAGCCAUAACCACCAUAACAGAAACACGAAAAUGAAACCAUAUCAAAGAGAGUGUGAACAGAUGUAGCUGUGUUAGGAUGACAGAGUAGAUUUUAAGGAGACAGUUUAAUAUAGCACACAUUUUAUAGGAAACUAUACCUCAGGAAGUGAAUCCUUACAUUUUAUUUUGCUCAGUUUUCCAUGAACAACAAGUGCAUUAUGGUUGUUUUCUUUAGAUAGUCUUAUAUCUCCCUAUUUCAGGAAUUUUUAAAAAAUGGUUUUCCCGUGAUGACAAGGUAAUUUCAGUCGUUUUCUCAAGAUCUUGAGAGCUUAACUUGUUAUUAGGAGAAAAGACUCAAGAUUUCAGCAGCGUUCAUCUCAAGAUACCGACAUAAAUCUACAUAAAUGAACUGGAUAUAACUCGUCAUCAUGGCGAUUAACAGUAUAGAAUAAAAUGUAUGAAUAGUUCACUUCAGGGUGUGCACUUGUGGAUUUUUAAACAUGACAUUAUAUAUUGUGAUUUUGUGGUUGAGAGUCUUUUUUUUCAAAGAGUUGUCAUGGAAUUUAUGAGACAUAGGCAAGCAUUUAUUGGCUUGUUUUACAGUAUUUUAUUGUAGUGUCAAAAAAAAAUAGUGGAAAACAAAAAAGUUUUAAAGACCUCGAAGAUGCAAGACUUAUUAUAAAUCCUAAAAAAGAAUCUGGUUGCCUCAACUUUCGAGAGAGUAACACCUCCUCAUACUAUAAAAGAUCUUUGCUGCACUUGUUAGCUUCCUGGAGUUUCUUUCUGGUCGCCAUGGUAACGCUAGCCUCACCUCACCAGCGACACACUCUGAAUUUACAACAGAAAUAACAGAAAACACUUUAGAGAUAGAAAGACAAUGUCCGGGUCAGAGGAGCGGGCUCUGCUGGAGCUUAACCUGCGGAGGGAGACGUGGUGUCAGGUGGAGGUGAACCCCCGUCAGUCCUGGGAGAGGACCGAGAGGAGGCAUUACCGGAGUCACCUGAGGACCAGCCCGGUCCUCCUCACGGCGCUGACCGCCGGACCGCAGCGAAGGCCGGCCUGCAGCGAGCGACCUCCCCCGGCGAAGCUGGCGGAGAGGAGGCACUUUGAAGAGAGCUAUAAAUCCCAACUGGUGUAGACGGAGACACCUCGACAGGACCCCAUGAGCUAAUACAACGAGCAGACCAUGAGCCUAAACACUUCAACCUUCAGUAUUUUAUUUCCAUGCACAGAGAACAUAAUACAUCAUGAUACAUGACAAACACGUCAUCACAUAGCAU